AUGCCGAGCUCGAAAUGGGGCAUCCUAGGUGAUGACCCCAGUCUACCGGCCUGGGUCCUCUACCUCCAACUGCAGUUCAGCCAGCCGGCAGAUUGCACGCUUAAAACUGCGAACGUGGAACUGUCGUUCCAGAAAUUGCACCCCAUUCACAAGGCGAAGCUUGGGCCUGUUGUUACGGAAUAUUUUGCGCCAAGGAGUGUUGCCAGCCAUGUUAGACCUCGAGAUUCGGAGGACUCGAAGGAGUUUCAGAAUAUCGUUGAAUUUCGUUCCAUGUCUGGUGGGGAAGAAAGAAAUGAUAAUAAUACGGACGACCAAUGGUCACUACGUGCUUAUACCUGGCCGAUAGAAGGGGAUGAGAGCGGACUUCAUCGUCGGGUCGAGUGGAUCGUCAAGGAGGCCAAACCGCCUUAUCAGACGAUUAUGCAUCGUGACCAAGUUCGUGUUGGACUCGUGGUUUCCCAUGAUAGAGAGCCAUUCUUGAUCACAGUGCGUAUUGAAGGGCAACUUCAAGAGACCUACGGGGGGUUGCUUCGGUUUGGGCGCUCAGUGGACAAUUCCACGAGAUGCCUCUCAGUCCAAGUCUCGCCACCUGCCGAUUCGCAAACACCGCUAGAGGAAAUUGCGAAGCGGCUGAAUGAUGAAAUGACGGAUCUGAUUUUCAGUCAUGCUACGUCAGGGUCGGGGUCACGCAAAAGCACGGCACCGGGCGCCCGCCAGCCAGUUCGCGAAGAAAACAUGAAGAGACUCAAGCUUGAGGACCGGCAGAUAAAGCCCUUAAUGAGGCCGUCGGUAGGGGCGAACAGGAGCACAGAUGACUACACGGUCGGCUGGAUCUGCGCAUUGCCCCUGGAGAUGGCCGCAGCAAGAGUGAUGCUUGACAACGUUCACACUAAUUUGCCGAUCCCGUCAACCGAUCACAACAAUUACAUACUGGGUGACAUUGGGCCCCAUAAUAUUGUGAUUGCUUGUCUUCCGAACGGGGUAUACGGUACCACAUCAGCGGCCAUAGUGGCGUCUCAGAUGCAAACUACAUUCAAGUCCAUCCGGUUUAGUUUAAUGGUGGGCAUUGGGGGAGGUGUCCCCGGAGGCGAUCCGGAUAUCCGGUUGGGCGAUGUGGUUGUCAGCAAGCCCAUUGGGAGCCUCGGGGGAGUAGUGCAAUAUGACUAUGGGAAGACCACUGCAGAAGGUCGAUUCAUCCAAAUGGGCGCUCUCAACAAGCCACCGCAAGCGCUUUUGACAGUGGUCGCUAGGAUGGAAGCCGAAUACAUGGUGAAUGGGGGCCGGCUGGACCGUUAUCUUGCUGACAUGGUGAGAAACCAUCCACAAAUGCAUGACUUUACGCAUCAGCUGCCGGUGAUUCAUUAUGGGCUCAUUGCGUCCGGGAAUCAGGUCAUGAAACAUGGGCUGACUCGAGAUCGGCUUGCAAAAGAGCUCGGUAUCAUAUGUUUUGAGAUGGAAGCAGCGGGAUUGAUGGACAAUUUCCCAUGUCUGGUCAUUCGCGGGAUCUGUGACUACGCAGACUCGCACAAAAACAACAUCUGGCAGAAAUACGCAGCAGCCACCGCGGCGGCAUAUGCGAAGGAUUUCCUUGUUAUGACACCUGCAAGACAGGUUGAGAUCACCACGAAAGCUGGAGGAUUUUGCCUCGGACAACGUGCUUAA